GGAGACAGAGGGAAGCGCGCGCGAGUUUCCUUCAAGCGGAGUAGAAGUUGUCCUCGUGCAGCCUAACUGAAAUAAAUCAAAAGAGACUUCUGAGAAGAAGAUAGCCAACUUCAGGGAAGGAGGAGGACACAGAAACAGGAUCUGUCCUGGUCAGAGGUUGUCUGAGGUUUUCUCCAAGCACCGUGGAAAAAAUGAGUCUGAGCACCAGUGAGCUGGAGGACCUCUGGGAGUCGUUUGGGGAACUCAACUUUUCCUUCACUAACAUAUCAAGUGUGGAUGCAACAGUGUGCGCAACCGCCUUCAACCGCAGCGCCCUCCUCUACUCCAUGUGUGUCCUCUACACUUUCAUCUUCAUCGUCGGCCUGGCUGCUAACGCUCUGGUCCUCUGGGUGAACAUCCGUGCACAAAGAGACUCCACCCCUCGCCAUGAGACACACAUGUACAUCGCCCACUUGGCUGUCGCAGACCUCUGCGUGUGCGCCACCCUGCCUGUGUGGGUGAGCUCGCUGGCCCAGCACGGACACUGGCCUUUCGGUGAGGUGGCGUGCAAACUCACCCACCUGCUGUUCUCCGUCAACCUCUUCGGCAGCAUCUUCUUCCUGGCCUGCAUGAGCGUGGAUCGGUAUCUCAGCGUGACGAAGCACGGAGACAACGAAGGAGGGGUACGCAGGAAGCUAGUCCGCCGGGGAGUUUGCAUAGGAGUGUGGCUUCUGGCUCUCGUGGCCUCCCUCCCGGACACCUACUUCCUGCGAGCUGUGAAGUCCACCCACGGGGACGCCAUGCUGUGCCGGCCAGUGUACCCAGAGGAAAACUCCAGGGAGUGGAUGGUGGGCGUGCAGAUGAGCUUCAUCCUGCUGGGCUUUGUUCUCCCUUUCCCUGUCAUUGCAGUUUUUUACGCCAUGUUAGCCAGCGCUUUUACCCGCUCCUCUGCUUCCUCUUCACCAUCAUCCACAGUGGAGCAGGAGCGCCGUGUGAGCCGUAGGGUAAUCCUGGCCUACAUUGUGGUGUUUCUGGGCUGCUGGGGGCCGUAUCACGCCGUCCUCCUGGCUGAUUCUCUGUCUCAGCUGGGUGUAGUUCCUCUCACCUGCGGCCUGGAGAAUGUGAUCUACGUAGCCUUACACCUCACGCAGUGUCUGUCCUUACUCCACUGCUGCUUCAACCCCAUCCUCUACAACUUCAUCAACAGAAACUACCGCUAUGACCUCAUGAAGGCGUUCAUCUUUAAAUACUCCACAAGGACGGGCUUGGCCCGCCUUAUCGAGACAUCCAACAUGUCUGAGACUGAGUACACUGCUGUAGCUGUGGACAACCCACCACAGAUCUAAAAAAGAAAAAAAGACUUGUGUGUCUAAAUCUAAAUGAGUAAAUGCAAUAUAAUCUUAUGUUAUUUGUUAUUAUCAGACUCUGUCUACUUUGUUUAUGGUGUUAGAUGACAGCAAAUCCAGCAUCUUAUUCUGCAUGAAUCAUGUAGAGGAGCUUGAAGACAGGCAACUUCAACAGAUUGAUUUAAAAGCACUUAGAAGGCAGUUUCAUUUUACUGAAAUCAUAUGGAUAUUGUCACAAAAUUGUAAAACCAAAACAGUGAUUGUUACUGUGUAAAAUCAUUGCCUGUGCUGUGUUUAGAGUUGAAUCAUGUGGAUGUGAUGAGUGUUGUGUUUGUGUGCUAGUCCAAAGGGCAUUGAUCAUUGGUUAAUAUUGUUAUUGCUUCUUUUUGUAUCAAAUUGUAUUUAUAUUCCGUACAUGUGAGCUUUUUAGCCUCCUUCAUGUUGUAAUUUAAAGUCUUGACACACUGAUGUCUGCUCAGUGCUUCACUUCAAACUACACUGCCUCAUGAUGUUAGCCGAGCCACAGACACGCUCAGUGUCAAGUCCUGCUGUCUCUUAGUAAUCCCUAACCUCAUUUCAAAUCAGUUGAAGCCUUAAGACAUAAACAGAUUUUAUGGAAAUUUGAGAUCAGUUUAAUUUCCCUGCACAUGUUAUAAGAAGCUACAGCUUGCCAGUAAAGUAGGGUGACCAGAUGUCCUUGAUUUCUGGGGACAGUACCUUUUUUAAGAGACCUAACCCUGGCUUGUGCCGCCCCUGUGACUCCCACAAAGUGAAAUGGAUACCACAUCUCUCAUUGUGAUCUUGCACAGGCUAACUAUUCUUCUUUUUUCACUACAGAAUAAAUAUAUCUUCUCUCUGGCAUUUGUCAAACUGAUCAGCUGUCAAAAAAUCCAGACAAUGCUCCACAGACAGCUGUAUUUUGAUGAGCUAAACUCUGGCAUUUCCUGUAAGUAUUCUGAUGUCCCUUCAAAAUAAAAGUCAACUUGUGUUUUGCCAGUGAAAAGCUUUUAAUGGGAAACUGCAACUGCAGGAAAUGUUUUCAUUAGCAAACAACACCAAGGCAGCUCUUUGUAAAAAAUAAUGAAAAAAAUAAGAUGAAGUAAAAUGUAGAUCACUUCCAAAAAUGUUCACAUGGAAUUACAUGGGGGGCCUGUGAUAAUUUGUAAUAUUCAAAAACUAAAGUUUUAAUACUUUAAGUGUUGAUCAUGUUUAUAAUUUGUAAAUAAAAAUAUUCAGGGCAAAUACAAUAUUCUCUGGUUGACGCUUGUUAACGUUUCUGUGUUACUGUCAUUGUUUUAUAUUUUACACUAUAAUAUCACGGGUAAGAAAAGAUGAGGAAGGAUGGUUAAGGAAUAAAAACAAUCAUAACCGGAGGACAGUUAACAGUUAUGUAGCAGUAUUUUCAUUAUUGUUCUUAACAGUCAUAGCUAUGAUUUACAUUUUCCAUGCAAACCUUUGUUUUCUUUAGCUCUUAUUGUGCUAAUCAUUGUCUUAAGGCUUCAACUGGGACUACUGAGGAGCUAAAGGAGGAGUUUGAUGUCGCUCUUCUAAUACCAUUGUUUAUAUUUUGUAUUGUCACUAUAACAUGUUUCAAUUAUAAUAGUGUAAAAAGAUUCACAUCCAUAUGGUGAUAAUCUUGCUGUGUCAGCACAUACAGGGCAGACGGCCAAAACUUUUAUGACCAAACAAAACCAGCAGCCGUGUCAGUGUAGGCAGCAGCUGUGAGGAGCAACAACCAAGUGUUUAUUAGGGACCAAAAAACUUACCUACGUAAGUCCUGAGUGUUUUUAUGUGUCUAAGAAUCCAAGAGAUGACGUGUUGUGUGUCACAAACAUAGAGUUACACGCAUUAACUGGCUCUGUUGUAGGAAACGACAUAUCCUUUUGACAUGCUGACAUUUUGUCAUGUGAUUGGUUACACAUGUCUGCUUUUACACUGAAAAGAUUUCAUGUAGUGAUUAGAGAAGACCGGAGACACGAACAUGUGUCGACAUGAACAGAGGCAUUCCUUUGGUAUUGUAACAUGUUACAUGUGUUUCUAUGUAUUAAAAGAAUACAGACAACA